GAUUUUGUCCUGAUCACAACCAAAACAAAACAGUGGUCACGGGAUAUGUUCGCUCAGCUGAUUGCUGUGGAAGUAUAGAUUCGGGGAAAGUCUUGAAACUAGUGUCUAGUAUCUCUACUUUCAGAAUGAAGUUUUGUGGACCAAAGUGUUCGUUAUGCUGUACUAUUUUAAGUGUCUGGGCCAUUGUCCAGUUGGGAUUUAUGGCCUUGUUCUUUGGUAUUAGAUCACCAGCAUUCAUUGAAGACUUGUCCAUUCCUGAAGAAGCAGAACAUGACCCCAAAUCAUUCCUAGAGGCUAUGGAUAAAUCUUAUUAUCAGAUUGCAACAAAUUGUGGGAUUGCUGCUGGAUUGUAUGGUGUCACUUUGCUAGUCAUCAGGAAUGGCAGUCGGUAUCUUAAUAGCAAGAAAGCGUAA